CCCGCCCCCUCCGAUAACUGGCCCGGGAAGUAAAGGGAGAAAGGCAGGGGCGUUGUCAUGGUAACCACGGAAGCUGGCGGGAAGGGUCGGCUUGAUCCGAAUCUAAACGAGCCUCGAACCCGGAAAAAAGACGUCACAGGGCAGGGGCGGGGCGGCUGCUCUUUUUGCGCGGGAAAUUGGGAGCGGCUGCUGGUGGUGCCAGACGCGAUUGCAGGAGGCGGCUGGUCAGAGGAGCCUGCGGGGUUUACUUGAAGAAAAUGCAGUUUUCUGGAAGAGGUAGAAGGAAGUUGAAGUUGGCAAACACCAGCCAAGUUCUUUAUCCACUUAGUGUUCACUUCUAUGCAGAACCUCCUACUGAGAAUAUCUCUCUAAUAGAAUUUGAAACUUUUGCUGUUGACAGACUUAAAUUGCUCAAAACAGUUGAAAAUCUUGGUGUGAGUUACGUAAAAGGUACUCCUAACUACAAGCAGAAACUGGAAUUGGAACUUAAGCAUCUUAAAUUUCCCUUUCAUGCUUUGGCUGAGGAGGAACAUGAGGCAAGAAGAAAAGAUCAUAUUUCACACUUCAUACUGCGCCUUGCCUUCUGUCAGUCGGAGGAACUUCGUCGGUGGUUUAUCCAACAAGAAAUGGAUCUUUUCCGGUAUAGAUUUACUCAGCUAAAUGACUCAUUGAUUGAAAAGUUCCUUCAGUAUGCCAAUUUGGCAUAUGAUAUUAUCCCAGAAUCUGAGAAGGAGGACAUUGAAGAUAAGUUACUACAUGCAACUCAUAACUUUGGUCCCUCUGAUGUAAAAAAAAAUGUCUUCUAUAGGGUUCCUUUCUGUGAUGCUGUGGAUUUAGUUCGUGUAAGACAAGUUUACUUUCAUGGUGGUUACGCCUAUGUGCCUCUGCAGGAUUUUCUUGCCAUUGUCUUGAACAGUUACAGAACCAAACUGUCGAAAGCCCUGGCACUAACAGCACGAUCUUUGCCCAUCAUACAAACGGAUGAGAGACUCCAGCCUCUGCUUAAUCACCUCAGCCAUGCAUAUGUUGGUCCAGAUUACAGCAUUCAAAAAAAUACAGGGAAAAUUUCAUUAGAACACAUUGAUGCUCUUUCGGUUAAAUCAUUUCCUCUCUGCAUGCGCCAGCUGCACAAAGCUCUGCGUGAUAACCAUCAUCUCCGUCAUGGAGGCCGUAUGCAAUAUGGCUUGUUUCUAAAGGGCAUUGGUUUAACAUUAGAACAAGCUCUGCAGUUCUGGAAGUCGGAAUUUAUCAAAGGAAAAAUAGAUGCAGACAAGUUUGACAAAGGGUAUGCUUACAGCAUCCGGCAUAGUUAUGGAAAAGAAGGCAAGAGAACUGAUUAUACUCCAUUCAGCUGCAUGAAAAUUAUCCUGUCCAAUCCACCAGGCCAAGGGGAUUAUCAUGGAUGCCCAUUCCGCCACAGCGACCCUGACCUCCUGAAGCAGAAGCUGCAAUCAUAUAAAGUCCCUCCCACUGGGGUCAGUCAGAUUUUGGACCUUGUAAAAGGUAUGCAUUACCAGCUGGCCUGUCAGAAAUACUUUGAAGUGACACAUAAUGUUGAUGAUAUUGGCUUCCCUUUGAACCAUCCAAAUCAGUAUUUUGCAGAGAGUCAGCAGCUACUCAGUGGCAUCAAGGAAAUAAAAAAAGAACAAAAGCAACCUGAAAGCUCCCUGCCAAAGCAGAACAGCCAGAAAAGUUUAAACAGCACCUCCUCUUCUUUAAAUGCAACAGAAGAAAUGGAACUGGAAGGACUGGAGGAGUAUUUUGCUGAAGAUUAAGGAGCCUUACUUCCCCUUUAUACCGUAUUUUUUCUGUUUCUGUCUGUGUUUUCAAAGAGAUCUCUUAAGAUUGAGGAGUGACCACCAUGAUGAGUAUAGAUUUGUUGCAUUCUACAUGAAAAGGAAAAUGGGGAGACGUUGUAGUGCAUGUUAACUUAGAAACUUGUGCAUCUAGUCUGAAAAGCAACCAUCCCUUGUGACAAUGAAAUGACUCAGUGGUAUACAAGAGGGUGUGCUACAGCAGUUUGUAUUACAUUUUCCCUUUCUUUUUUCAGUUUUGUUUUUUUAGACAGACAUUUGAGUUUACUGCUGUAGAGUCUUUUGUUUCUCCAUUAUUUUUCUUAAUAAACAUUCUGAAAUGUAGACCGGUGCAAAUUACUUUGUCAUUUUCAGGUGAUGUCUGCUAAAUGCAAUAUAUAUAUAUAUAUAUAUAUAUAUAUAUCACAUCACAUAAUUGUUUUAUGAGUGAUUCCUAGAAGUAUGGAAAAGCUUUCUUGCUGUGAUUUCAAGUAUCAAAGGCUGCUGUUUGAAACUGCUAGGUUUUAAAUACAUUUUGUCAAAUCCAAUUACACUUAAUUGUGUAGACUGGUCACAGUCAGCAUAAUUAAAACUUAGGUUUCUAUCCAUUCUUAAAGUUCCAUUUAUGAUUCAUGCUGAAGUGUAGUAAGAAAGCUUUGUAUCCCAAAGCAUAAAACAGAAAUAAAAAUCUUCAACAAAAUGCUUAUAUAAAAAUGGUGGGGACUAUCCACUGUUAUAGAUCAUGAUACUUAGGAGAACACCUUAUAAUUACAGCAAAUUAAAAAUUUUAAAGAUAUAAUUUGCAUCUCGUAACAGUGGCUGUAUAAAACCUGUGAAAUCUCUUAUUUCAGGAGUGAUUUGCUUGGUGGAUAUGAAGUUAGAUUGCUGCAUCAACAGAAUACAGUUAGGUCUAGGAAAUCAAGAAUGACAUUCAGAAUAACAGUUGAUUGAAAGGGAGUAUUAAAAACUACCUAGACUGUAGCCCUGUAAUCACGUAUCUCGGAAUAAGCCCACUGAAUUUAGUAAAACUUACUUUUGAGUAGACAUUUACAGGAUUACAUUGCAUGCUUCAGUGAAAAUCCUUUCUUGAUUGGAAGUACUUUGUUUCAAACGGCCUCUUAAAAAUCUUCCUUGACUACUGGUAUGUAUUUUCAGCAGGUUUUCACCUUUUAAUGUGAUGCUGUAGCAUUUAAUUAUAUUGCUUAAUUGCUUUUAUACUAUAGUAUUACUUUGCAGAAAAUGCUUCAGUGAGGCAACUAUAAAUGGAGACUUUUAAAGGCUGAAAUGGCUACCACUGUUUAUUCAGGGACAAUAUAUUUGCUGUUCUUCACAAUUCAUGGCAUUUCAAAAUUUGAAAGCAGUGAAUUCUGAAUGGGUAAUUCAAGUAAAUGCUUAAUUUAUUUUACCUGAAUAAAUCCUUUAUAAAUUA